AUGGUCAAACCAAUUACCACCACCACUACCACAAAACCUAAAAAACAGAGCAAGGUUCCACCCGCGCCACAAGUUUCUCGAAAGCAAUCCCAGAAAACCGAGGUUACCAAGGAAAAGGUUGUUACUGAAAAUAUCGUAUCUCGAAAGUCAUCCCAGAAAACCGAGAACAAGAAAAGCGUAGUUCCUGAGAGUAGUAUUGCACCUGUAAAAUUACCAAAGGAAACUGAGGUUACCAAAGAACCUAUAGUAAACGAGACUGUCGAUAAUAUUGAAGCGAAACAUAUUGAGAAUCAAGAUUCUGAUAACUCCAAGUCACAAUCCAUUGAGUGUGAAGUUUUCGAUCAUUAUUCCAAAGAAGAAGAUUUAAUUCCUCCUUUAUUUAUCAACGAGUCUGCUUCCGAAUUCGUCGAUUCUACUGUCGCGGGCGUGGAUUCGGAAAGUUUUAAAGAAGGAACUAUUGAACUGAUUAACAUUUUAAGAAACAACGAGACCCCUUCGCCUCUACCAUCGUACAUCACUUCAUACGACGAUCAAUACGUAACCACGUUACCGCCGCCCGUAAUGCAGACACUUGAAUAUGAGGUUAUACACGCAACCGGUUGGGACGAGAGUUAUCCGCCUCAACAGCUUUUGCCCAAGGAUAAUAAAAACAAUGGAAAUAAUGGAGGAAUCAAACACGGCAAGGGAUGGCAAUCUGCGAGGUACAGUUUCUGUUUCUGUUUUUCGAAUGCUCCGUUGUAA